GCGGGAAGCUGGGACCAGCGCCCAGCGCGCCGAGGCUGUGGCAGCGGAAGAUGGCUGCUGCCGGGGCUGCGGACACUCAGCUGAUGCUCGGAGUCGGGCUGAUCGAAAAGGACACAAAUGGAGAAGUUCUGUGGGUGUGGUGCUAUCCUUCCAUGACAGCCCCACUAAGGAAGCUGCUGCUCAGAAAAUGCUGCCUUUCCGACGGAAACACGCCGCUCCAUCCCUUCGUUUUUGGGCAGUACCGGAGAACGUGGUUCUAUGUCACAACAACUGAAGUUCCAGAUGCUUCCGUUUUGAAAAAGGUGACUCAUUUUUCUAUUGUUCUGACCGCCAAAGAUUUUAACCCAGAGAAAUAUGCCGCCUUCACUAGGAUAUUGUGUAGAAUGUACCUGAAACAUGGGAGCCCAGUGAAAAUGAUGGAGAGCUAUAUUGCAGUGCUCACAAAGGGCAUAUGCCAGAGUGAAGAAAAUGGCUCCUUCCUCAGCAAGGAUUUUGAUGCCCGGAAGGCAUACCUUGCAGGCUCCAUCAAAGACAUUGUAUCUCAAUUUGGAAUGGAAACUAUUAUCUUAUACACAGCAUUGAUGCUAAAGAAAAGAAUUGUGGUCUAUCACCCAAGAAUAGAAGCUGUCCAGGAGUUUACCAGGACACUGCCCGCCCUGGUGUGGCACCGACAGGACUGGACCCCCCUCCAUUCCUAUGUGCACCUCCAUGGCGAUGAGCUGGAAGCUCUGCAGAUGUGCCCAGGUUACAUUGCUGGAUUUGUAGACCUGGAGGUGAGUGACAGACCAGACCUCUAUGAUGUCUUUGUGAAUCUGGCAGAGAGGGAGAUCACCAUUGCACCACUUGCGAAAGAGGCCAUGAUGAUGGGGAAACUGCACAAAGAAAUCGGUCAGCUGAUUGUCCAGUCUGCAGAAGACCCCGAGAAAUCUGACAGCCAAGUUAUUAAGGACAUUUCCCUGAAAACAAGAGAGCUCUUGACCAACUUAGCAUCAUUUGCAGAAGUUUCAGAUGAUGGAGAGAAGCCAGCACUCAGUUUUGAAGCACUAAAGCAGAAACGGUUUCCACCAGCCACGGAAAACUUCCUUUAUCACCUAGCAGCAGCCGAACGCAUGCUGAAAAUCUCCGUGACAGAAAGUGUUGCCGGCGGUUCAAAAGCCCCAGACACAAACAGCUCUGAAGCAGCCUCAGUCUGGGUACUAGUGAGCAACCUGUCCACGCAGACACCUGCAGGUCCCAGAGACCUGGUCAGGGUUCCAGGUGCAAAGCUGGAGGCGGAAGGUGUUCGGCAGGAAGCAGACAGAUUCACCUAA